AUGUCUGAAUUACCCAAUUAUGUCGCAUUAUUCGCCGUUCAACAGAACACCUCUGAUAUCUUGAAGCAGCUAAACCUAUAUGGCAACGUCGGCCUUGCCGUUGAUGACGGAUACGAGCUUCCGGAGGAAUGGUUCGCUGCUCGAGGAGUCAACAAAGGUGAUCUGAAUGCGGCCGUUGCCGUCCGCUUCCCUGCCGACCCGUACAUGCAUGUCUGGCUAUAUAGCUGGAGAAACCUCGAUACAAGGAAGCAAUGGCCGCCAAAGUUCAAUCAGAUCGGCUCUCGUGGUUUUACCCUUCUUUUCGACGACGUGGAGCAGGAGCUGGCGCGAAUCACGCGUGAUUUCCCCGAAACGCGGAUCCUGCACGCGCCGAUUGACAUUAAGCGCAAAUGGGGCCUCACCAAGUCGGCUCUUGUCCUUGAUCCAGAUGGGAACUUUGUGGAAUUGAUUUCAAUCGUUGGGAAUCCCCUUAUUGCGAAAGCGAAGCCUGCUCUUCCGCAUCAUCGCAGUUUCUUGCACUUCAUGGUGAAUUGUCUCGAUUUCGAGAAGAUGUUGCCUUGGUAUAAAGCCUUUGGAAUGGCCCAUGAUGCCGGCGUCGACUUCCGGCCUGAUGUCGGGUUCCCCACAGGCUACGAUCAUUUCAUGGGCCAGAUGAAGGUCUUUACUCAUGGCGAGAAGAACAAGUGGACCGACUGCCACUUCCUGCGCGGGACCAGGGAUCCGAGCCAUAUGCACCUAGAGCUGCUGGGAUAUGCGGAAAACGGUAAACACCUGAAAGAUCCAGGCCUAAACCCGACCUGGUUUCAGAAAGGUAAUUCAUGGCGGUUUUGCUUCUACAUGAGGUUGCAGCUGAUCUUUAGUAGGCAUCGCACGGUACUGUAUAAAGACACCUGA